UUUACAAACAUCUGAACUUCAAUCAUUGUCCUUUGUUAGUUAUUUUCACAAAGACCAAGCGGGAUGGCAAGUUUCUGAAAGCCUGUACCAAUACCAGACGUGAAUAGUACACGGCGUACUCUCUCAUUUCAGAAUUUUUCCUGUAGUUUACUGUCAUCAUUGUUGCUGAAACGUUGCGGCAGUAAACUAGGUCUGUAGGCUGUACAUACUGUAGAAUAGAGCCAUAGCUCUACAACAUCCGGGCAUUCCUCAGCCUGCGCAGAAACGGAAUGGCGGAGCUAGUUCGAUGGGCUCUGGAGAUCACAGAUGCAGCCUAGUGGAGAUCCUGAGGCAGGGCUAUGAGGGGCCAGAGGAGGAGUCCAGGGCCCUAGUGGAGCUGCAGAAGAGCCUGGGGGCCUCACACUCACAGGGCCGCCCAAUGAAGAUGGCAGCACGUCCCCAAAAUGGCAGUGAGAUUCCCCUGGAGGACCUGCUGUCUCUGUGUGGGUAUGAGGUGUCUGAUCCCCUCCUGCAGCAGGACAGGGAGCCCAACGAGCUAGCAGCCAGUCUGCCUAACGUGACACUGGACAAGGACCAGAUUGCUAAAGAUCUGUUCUCAGGAGAGGAUGAAGAGGAGUCAUCAGCUGAUGACCUCACUCUCUCUGUCACCUCCCACGCCUCUGACCUCCUCUUCCGCCGUCACCUAAGAGCCCAUUCCAUGGCAGAUGGAGACAAAGGCACCUUCGUCAGCUCUUCAGAAGAUGUCUCAGACGAUGAUGACGACAACACCUCCAUUCCAUCCAAUGACGAACGCAAGGACAUCAUGGUGGGCUCAAUGUACCAAGCCAAAAUCCCUCCUCUCAGCCCAUACUCAUACCAGGAGAGAGUCUAUGAGAAUGAGGACCAGCUCCUGUGGACCCCAGACAUGUUGCCAGGCCAGGCUGUAAAGGAGUUCCUGCUAAGUGCCCAGAGACGGGGAGGCCAGGACGGGGCUGUAGACACCCUCAUCAACGGGGACAUAAUCAAAGACAAUGAACAAGCUCUGUAUGAGCUGGUGAAAUGCAGCUUUAAUGCAGAGGAGGCACUGAGACGAAUGCGCUUUAAUGUGAAAGUAUUCAGCGAGGAGCUGUGUGCCUGGAGCGAGGAGGAAUGUCGAAACUUUGAACAUGGCUAUCGAGUUCAUGGGAAGAACUUCCACCUCAUUCAGGCCAAUAAGGUACGCACGCGUUCGGUGGGUGAGUGUGUGGAGUAUUACUACAUGUGGAAGAAGUCGGAUCGCCACGAGUACUUCACUCAGCAGACCACUAAGCUGGGCCGCAAGAAGUACAGUCUGCAGUCAGGGAGCAUGGAGGAUGGAGAGCAGGAUGGAGAGGUUGGGGAGAUGGAGGGGUGCUCCCAGAUUCAGCCCUCCUCACAUCCACCAGGCAUAGACCUGGACAAGCAAGGAGGAGGGCCGUCCCCGUCGCAGACGAACGCCCCGCUUUCUCUUAAAGCCCUGAGCUCACUGCACACAGGCCACUCUAACCAGGCAGGGACACCAGAUGCUGAGAUGGGGAUGGAGGUGUUGGAGCUGUGUGGCGCUCCUUGCCCCAGCCCACUGAGGGAGCAGCUGUUCAGCCACUUCUCUCCACUCCCCCCUCUGGAGGACCUGCAGCAGGAGCCCUCUCUGAACUGUUCCAGCCCGGGCCACUGUACCACCUCGCCCCCUGCCCAGCUCCACCUCUCCUCACUGCCCUGCUGCAGCUCCCCGUGCACCCAAGCGGAGCCUCCUCUCCUGGGUUCUGGCUUCUACCAGCUGCAGCUGGGGCCUUUCCUUCCAGACGGUCUGUCCAUGGGGCCAGAGGAUGGGGCAUCCCAGGGGUUGCAGGUAGACUUCUCCCUGCCCUCCAUCCCCCAGACCUCACCCGCCAUUGCCCCCUCAGUCUCCGCCACUUCUGACUUUGGGGCCAUCAGCAGUUACCUGUGUCCCUCAGCCCUGUGCCCCCCUCCCGUCCAGCACCCCCGCUCUCUCACACAGUAAGGGGAGGAAGAAGGGUGUCUUUACUCUGGAGAACAUUCCAAUAACACCUGGGUUGUCUGUACUUCUAAUUAUUGCCUGUUGAAGUAACUUGGACCAGAGCUUACUCAUGUGUUGGUGUGAAACUCCCCAGGAGAGAAACUAUGUUUUUAACGGGGAGAUGGGCAUACCUGUAUCAUAGUGUUUACUAGGGAGGACUCCUACUGCAUAUAAGCACAAUGGCUUACCUACCUGUCUGUUCUGGAAGGCCAGUCGUUCUACAGGGAUGUUCCCAGUUCUUAGAGAAUUCUUAGGUAAUGUUGGUACUGGAAAAGCGGGUGGGCUUGUUGAUAGCUCCAAGGCCAAAGCAAUUAUCCUGAUGUUCUUUGCAGUGGCCUCCUCAUCUUCCAGAGUAGAAUUAGAGACAGAUAUAACAUCCCUCACUGAUUUCCCAACAUUUACUGGGAACAAUGAGCAGCAGACAGACAGCAUGACCUGGAUGCCAUAUUAUAGUAGUAUGUCCACAAGAGAUGUUCCCCCUCUAUCAGAUCUGAUAAGGCUGUUUCUAUGAGCAGUGUUCAGUAUGACUCUUCACCACUCUGACUGUGGACCUCUUAGGUAGGAUCAGCCUCCCUGGUUCACUGUGGUUCCACCUCUCUUGAACAUCCACAACUGAAACUGAAGGUUUUGUAUACAGUCUAUUUAAAAGGAAAGAUCUGUAUAACAAUACCAUGAAACAAUGCUUUUGAGAUUGUCACAAUGUUUUUAUUUCUUUUCGUUGUUGUUCAGAAAUGUCUUGGAAGGUUUGCAAUAAGAAACCAGAGUUUGCGAUGGGA